UCCACGAGAAACGUGAGAUUUUAAAUGGAUGCUAACGAUGCGGUAUUUUUUAGUGCUUCUUCGCUGCAGGUUUAGUUCUCUCUCUGGAUGUACCACUUCUUCAUCCAAGUCACGCAGAUGUGUAAUACAAAUGUAAGUUCAUCGCGACCUCUAUACGGUGUAUUGUAAGGAUGACAGUGAAAUAAGUGUACGCAAAUGUUUGUAAUUUGACAACACCUCUUCCCGAGUUCAGGAGUCCAUUGGCCAUAUGAAUAAUGGCAAUCACACCCAGAUGGACGCAUCUUUGUCUCUUAUCCCUAAUAAUUUUCUUCUGGAGUUUAUGGAUUCCGGCGGACUGUGGACCGGAAGAGGAGCCUGAGAUUGAGUUUUUGGCACCACCUGCGCCUCCGCUGCCCGAACGCCGGCUGUACAUGGAGUGUAGGGUCCCUAUGCCGAACGAUCAGAUAAACUUGUUCCUAUAUAUAUGUGUGCAGAAACCAAAACCGGUGAAAGUGAGGUGUUGGCUUCUAGAGAGGCAGGAAGAUAUUCAGAGGGCCUACUGGGAAGCCAACUUCUACGUCGUGUCCGGGUUAGGCGUCUCGCGCGGUUGGGACUUCAAAAUCUACAAUCUAAAACACAGGUGGCCUGAUUCGCUCAUGAUAGGUAUCGAGCCAAAAAUGAAACUGACCAGGCUUUUUCAAGGCGUUUGCGAGCACCCGGCCUUUUUUCGCAACACCGCCCGGAACUUGCUGGUUCCCGAAUUCCUCAACGCGGACUCUCUCGAUAGUUUACUCGACUUCUACUGCAUCAAUGAUCUCCUCGUCUUCUCAAAUAACUUCCAAAUCCCAGAAGCCUCUUUGCCGACCUACCUAAAGGCUUUGAGGAACGUCAUCGGUUUUUACGAGCAGCGCUUCGCCUCUCCGGCACCAGCUCCGAGAGGCAAUCUGUCUCCGAGCUUUAGAAGAUCAGGAUUAAUGAGCUCCUUCAGACGUAGAUUUUCCUUCGGACCAAGUAGUGCGGCUCGGAAUCGUGCAAGCGGCGGCACAAGUCAGCGAUUUUCAAACGUGGGCAGCGGCAGCUCUUAUUCGCCCCCGCGUCCUGUGUAUCCGCCUCCACCCUCAACUCCAAGGGACGAAGCAACCAAAAGGAGGCUGAUUUCCGCACUUAGGUUCUUGAUGGACAAGAUGAUCGACCCGUGCAUGGUGCAGGCGCCAAAGGGCGCCCCUUGGCCUCGGGCAGGCUUGGACCCCGACGUCGCUAACGAAACCUGCGAUACCUUCUGCAAAGUUCUCAGCAUCUCGGCUAAGCUGAACACUGACGACCGCCCUGAAAUACAGGCCUGUAAGAAACUACUCGGCACAGGGGGGUGUUUCGGAGUAACCUGCUCCUGCCACCUUUCCGCUAAGUCCGAACGACUCCUGUGGGGGUUAAGUAGCGAGACGCCCAUGUUCGCUGCUCAUAAUAUUCUCCGCUUUAAAUGAGGCUCACGUGGAGUCACACUGUUUAAGUAGAGUCCCUUUAUACUGAGAGUCAAGACAAUGUGAAUCCAUUUCUGAUUGGUUGCCGUAUUUUAGGCCUCCACAGUGUCACAAACGGGAAUAAAGAUUACAUUUUCCCCAAUUGCAAAGA